UCCGCGCCCUCGGCGGAGGCCAGCAGCCGGCAGCUCCCGGCUGGAACAGCAGGGGAAGGGGCUCCGUUCCCUCGGCUCUCCGUUUCUCCGGAUGAAAUGCUGUCUGAAGUGGCAUCUGCCCGGCGGGUCUCCCUGCUGGCUUAAAGACGCUGCGUUUUAGAUGUCCUUCUGCAUCCCUCCGGCGUACGUGAAUAAGCGGUUUCGGAGGUUGCAUCAGUUGGCAAAUUAAAAGUACCAAAACAAGAAGGUGGAAGAGCUGCUGUUACCAGAAAGGUCAGAACCAAUGGACUGUAUGGAUAUAAAUAUGUUUGGAGGCAUCUGCACUUCUCACUACAAGAUUACUUUUAUAAUCUCUCCCAGAAAUGAUUGCCAGUGUAGGAGUGCUUCAGAUGAGUUACUUCUGAGUGAAUCAUGAAUAAACUGGCAGACCAGCAGGACCACAUGAUACCAUGAAGAGAAGCUUACAGGUCCUCUAUUGCCAACUGUUUAGUGUUCUACUGAUCUUGGCACUGACGGAAGAGCUGGUGUUUUCUGUUCAGGUACUGUCUCCUGCUGUAUCCUCCUCUCAGGGCCUCCUGAUGGACACUACCACUGUCACAGCCAUGGGAACGACGCCUCGCCACAAGGACCGCCACACGGCAGAGCCCGUCCCCACCUCCGCUCGCGCCGUCCCCCAUCCUGUCAGCCUGGCAGGGAGCAAUGCUUCCACUGCUCAAACACAGGCGAGCAGCCCUCGUGUUGGCGAAAAGGAAACAUAUCAUUUGUAUAACCAGAGUGCUUUGUACUCAGGACAGACUCGCCCCAAAGGGAAAAUAUUCCAGAUUUUCAAAGGCAACUUCACAGAGUCUUCAGAACCUUACCUAAAGACAACCCUGCACUCUCCCUUCCCUACCCUGAGGAGCCCUUUCACAGACCAUCCCUUUCAGUCCCAGACCGCAACCUCCAGUGACCCCAAUGGCACAGGGUUGGCCAGAACUACGCCCUCAGACCUUUCUCCCCACCCUGACACCUCGGGAAGCCUUAGGGAAGUAGAGCAAGGGAAUGGGGCCGAGCGAGUUGUGCAGAAAGCAGAGUUUGCCACCACAACUGCUGGACCGCCAACUGAUCCCGAAGCAGUGUCGGUGCCUUUUAAACCCACCCACUAUGGUGUAUGGGAUAUGCUGAGCAAAAACAACUCUUGGGUAACCUUGAAUCUCAGUACAAAUGUCCCCUUGUUUUCUGGCCCUGGAACUGCACCAGCAGCAGCCGGUCACUCAGUCCAGCCCAGCUUUGAUGUCAACAUCUCCUCCCUGGCAGUGGGGGACCUCGAGGGCACUGCUCCAACACAGCAGGGCCUGGUGACGAACACAACCUCACUGGGCAGCACUGUCUCCACCAUGCCUGCCACGGGGUCAUCCAGCUCCAUGUCCACUGCUGGUUCCACCGCGACUGGAAACUUCCUCAACAGGCUGGUUCCUGCCGGGACCUGGAAACCUGGGGUGCAGGGAAAUAUCUCCCAUGUCACUGAGGGAGACAAGCCCCAGCACAGAGCUACCAUCUGUCUCAGCAAGAUGGACAUUGCCUGGAUCAUUCUGGCCAUCAGCGUACCGAUAUCCUCAUGUUCAGUUCUGCUGACAGUCUGCUGCAUGAGGAGAAAGAAAAAGACAUCCAACCCAGAAAACAAUCUGAGCUAUUGGAAUAAUGCUAUUACCAUGGACUACUUCAACAGGCAUGCUGUGGAGUUACCGAGAGAGAUCCAGUCCCUGGAAACAUCAGAGGACCACCUCUCUGAGCCACGCUCCCCUGCCAACGGCGACUACCGCGACAGCGGGAUGGUGCUCGUGAACCCCUUCUGUCAGGAAACGCUGUUUGUGGGCCACGAGCAAGUCUCUGAGAUAUGAGCCCACGGCCACCCUUCUCCUGCAGUUUCAUCUCUACUGUCUCCAAAUUAUAAAUAAAUAUAUAUAUUAUAAAUAUAACCUUUGUGUAACCCUGAAUUACAAGAAAUGUUUUCAGCUUUUCUUUUCUUUUUCCCUCAGAAUUGUCAACCCCUUUUUUAUAAGUGUGGUAAAACUUUACAGAACAAACUGUGGCUUUAUAAAAUAAAGGUAUU